UUCCCUGGAGGAACCUGAGACUGCCAACCCCAGACAUGCUGCUGCUGCUGCUGCUGCUGGCCCUGCUCUGCUGGAGGGAAAGGGCCGAGGGUCAGAGGGAGACCUGGAAAAAUUACAAGGGUUACAAGCUGCAAGUGCAGGAGUCAGUGACGGUGCUGGAGGGUCUGUGUGUGCGGGUGCCCUGCACUGUCUCCUACCCCCAGGAUGGCUGGACUGACUCUACUCCAGCUCAUGGCUACUGGUUCCGGGAAGGAGCCAACACAGACCAAGACGUUCCAGUGGCCACAAACAACCCAGAUCGUAAAGCACAGGAGGAGACUCAGGGUCGAUUCCACCUCCUUGGAGACUCCCGGACCUACAACUGCUCCCUGGACAUCAGAGACGCCAGGAGGAGGGACAAUGAAAGAUACUUUUUUCGGGUGGAGAGAGGAAAUAUAAAAUAUAAUUACAAAGACAACCAUCUCUCUGUGCGUGUGAUGGCCCUGACCCAGACACCUGACAUCCUCAUCUUGGGUACCCUGGAGUCCGGCCACCCCAGGAACCUGACCUGCUCUGUGCCGUGGGGCUGUGAGCGGGACACACCCCCCAUCUUCUCCUGGACAUCAGCUGCCCUCACCUCCCUGGCCUCCAGGACCCACCUCUCCUCGGUGCUCACCCUCACCACAUGGCCCCAGGACCACGGCACCAGCCUCACCUGUCAGGUGACCUUGCCUAGGGCUGGAGUACCAUCCACCUCAACGUACUCUCCACAGAACUUGACUGUAACUGUCUUCCAAGGAAACAGCACAGCACCCACAAUCCUGAAGAAUGGCUCGUCUCUUGCAGUCCUGGAGGGCCAGUCCUUGCGCCUGGUCUGUGUUGUCAACAGCAACCCUCCUGCCAGGCUGACCUGGGCCCAUGGGAGCCAGACCCUGAUCCCCUCACAGCCCUCAAACCCUGGGGUCCUGGAGCUGCCCCACGUGAAGUCAAGUCAUGAAGGCGAAUUCACCUGCCAAGCUCAGCACCCUCGGGGCUCCCUGCACGUCUCCCUGAGCCUCUCUCUGCAGAGAAAAGCGUGUCCUUUAUCAGGAGUGGCGCUGGGGGCCGUGGGGGGAGCAAGUGCUAAGAUUCUGCUCUUCCUGUCCUUCUGCAUCAUCGUCAUCAUAGUGAGGUCCCACAGGAAGAAAGCAGCAAGGCCAGCGGUGGGCAUGGAGGACACAAGCAUGGAGGGUGCAAAUGCAGUCACAAGUCCGCUUCCUCCACUCCCCCACCCCCCACUCUACUCCCUCCACCCUGGACUUUUCAUCGUCAUCAACCAGAACAAGGGUCACCUGAUGGAAUCCAAAGCAGGCAGCCUCCAAGACCACCUUCCCCCAGAUGUGGCUGCCUCCUGCUCAUGGGAGGAAGAAGAGCUCCAUUGUGCAUCCCUCAGCUGUCAUUGGAUGAAGCUUCGGCACCACUAG